CAGACAGUCUUGCACCUCUGCACUCCCUGGGAUCUGUGGCCAUCAGCGAAUCCAAUCAAACCCUCUAGACAACAUGCCCUUCCACAAUCCCAUUUGGGAGGUCCUCGAGCCUCAUCUAGUGCGGAUGGGUCUGUACAAGGUCCAAGACCCCACCUACGGCCGCUACCUUCUCCCCAACCAUCCGCCGCAUCUCACACUUGUGGAGGAUCCAACGGUCUCGCACAACUAUCGCCGGGUGUUUCUUCCGCCGACGACCUCUUUCAAGACCUACCACGAGGCUUGGGAUACCACCCAGAUCAUCCAUGCGGAGAACGUCAAUCUGGUGAAAGAUGAAUUGGCGUCUAGUGUCAAAUGGGGAGGAAGAUGGGUGACAUACAGUACGUGGGAGAUGACCUCGCCACCAGAGGGUGGAUGGGAAGGUGCCGGCCGGGGUGUUGGCAAGGAUCUCGUCUUGGUUCAUGGACUGGGAGACUAUGGGCUGAGGUAUGCGCCUCAUAUUAAGUUCUUCCUCAAGUCUGGGUUUCGAGUUAUUGUUCUUGACCUACCUUCUUAUGGGAGAUCUACCGGCAUCAAUUCUUACCUCCCGUCGCUUCUCUUAUUGCCCUCCGCUGUACAUGUUGUCUUGACCGACCUGGCGCAGAACGAUAUUGCGAACGGACGUAAGCAGAAAAAGGUCUUUUUGAGCGGCGCUUCGAUGGGAGGAUGGACAAUUCUCUACUAUCUGCUGAAGUAUCCUCCGACAAACAACGCAGAAGAGGUUGUCACCCAAGAGUCGACUGCCGACAUGCCCCUUCCCGAAGGCGGAAAGGGAUACGACGGCCUCGAGAGGUCACAGGCGGAUGAAAAGGUCAGGCCGCAAGUGGCCGGUGCAUUUGUGCUCUGUCCCAUGGUUGAAGUGUCCAAAGAGUCUCGACCAAACAUAAUCCUCGAGUACAUCGGACGUGCUAUCGUAUUCUUUGGCGGCAGCUUGCCCCUUGCCAAGUCUGUACGAGGCAACGUGUCUGACGAUCCUCGAGUAGAGGAGGACUUUUUUGCAGAUCCUCUAUGUUAUCACGGGAUGCUCAGGGUCGGUACCGGUCUCGCAUGCCUCGAGGGCAUGACAGAGCUUGAGAAACGCGCGCACGAGAUUGACGUGCCCAUCCGACUCGUGCAUGGAAAUAAGGAUCGUGCAACGUCGCACAAGGGCACUCUGAGACUGUUUGACAGAUUGCCCAAUGAUGACAAAGAGCUGGAGAUCUAUGACGGCUACGAACAUGUGAUGCUUCGACUGGGUUCAAACGAGGAGGAUGACAAGCCGCGACAGAAGGUGCUUGAAGAUAUGCGUUCGUGGUUGCUGCAGCGAUGUUAGACAAACAAUGAAUGCCUGUCUCAACAAUGCAAGUACUACCGAUAAGACACCGCUCCCUUUGCCCCUUCGACUUCAUUCCCUCAGAAUCGUAUUUCAACAAACGUUCGACAUCAGCCUCCCGCUCUAAGCACUGUCAUUCGUGCUCGUGGCUUGCUCGACACACGCCCCUAAUCACCAGAGGUUCCCGCAUACCGCAUAUCGAGUAGACGGAGCGUGAUGCAACAAGUACGGCCUAGAGUAUAAUUGUAGUGGCUAGAUAUAAGACAACAGAGAUGCAUGGCUGAAUAGC